AUGAUAAUGCUUCAUAGUAGUAGAUCAUAGUCUAAUAAAAAAAGAUUAAGUUAAUAAUCAUCUUUAAUUAAUAUUACAGAAUUAAAUAAAUCAAGAAUCUAAAACUCUAUUAUUUUAAAUAAGUUCAAUCAUAUAUUUGGAUCUAUUAAAAGUUAUGAUAUAGAAAAAGAGUUUUUUAUUUAUCCACCAGAUUUGAAAGAUUAAUAGGUUGAUGAUUUCGAAAUAUUGGCAUUUGAUGAAGAAUUUCAAAAACUUUCAGUCAAAAAUCAAAAUUAUACAAAAGGAGCCUUAUAAUGUAUUUAGGAUAUCCUUCAUAUGAUUUUCACUUAAAGUAGUUUAUUUUAUAAAAUAAUCACCAUUUUGAAAACCCAGGGUUCUUUUAAUUGGGGAAAAUAAAUCAAUUUUUAUAGAUAUCAUAGCCAAAAACUAUUUACUAAAAUAGAAAUCAGACGAGGAGUUCUUAUGACUUAGGAUUGA